AUGGCUGGUGGGUUUAUAGCGUCUAGUGGUGAUUCCCCUGCUUUUCCGGGGAAAAUGACCCUUUACGUCUUCAUUUGUGUCAUUAUUGCCGCUUUUGGUGGUUUGAUCUUUGGUUAUGAUAUUGGAAUCUCUGGUACCAUUCUCCUCUCUGUCAAUUUCAUUAAGAUAUGUUCAUUUUAG